CCAACUUUUUGCUCUAUUUGCCGGUUUGCCCUUUACGCAAUUUUUAAUUUCUCAGCUUCGGGUUUCUCGGCGAGCACAGCCUAACGCUUUCUUCUUCCGUUGCUUUCUGCUUAAUGGAAGGGCCUUGAGCUCUCUCUCUCUCUCUCUCCCCCGGCUCCGCUCUCUGCUUUUGCAUCUCUACGUCUCGUGCAUUUUCUGAAGGAUUUCAAAAGCGUUGAUCGGACUUCUCUUCCUUGUCUGAUCCACAAAAAAGCUCAGUUGAAAAUAUUGGAAUCUGAUGUCUCCUCCGCUGCUGAGUGCUGAGGAGGGAGAGCAGAGCAAUGUCUCUCUAGUGGCUUCGUCACCCUCUAUGGACUGUAUCUCCCAAAAUGGCUCAGGAUUAAAAGAACGCAAUUACAUGGGUUUGUCAGAUUGUUCUUCGGUAGAUAGUUCUCCUGUCUCGAGCUUGUCAGAAGAGAAAAAGAACAAUCUUAACUUGAAGGCUACAGAAUUGCGGCUUGGCCUUCCUGGAUCCCAAUCACCUGAUCGAAAACCUGAGCUUUGCUUGCUGAACACAGGGAAACUUGAUGAGAAGCCACUGUUUCCCUUACUUCCUUCAAAGGAAGGAAUCUGCUCGUCAUCACAGAAGAAUGUUGUUUCAGGCAACAAGAGAGGUUUCUCUGACACUGUGGAUGGAUUCUCAGAGGUAAAAAGUUCUGUGUAUACCACAGGGAAUUGGAUGUAUCAUGCAGUUUCUGAUUCUGAAUCUCCACAAUCUGUGGGGCAAGGAAAGUUUCCUGGUAGUUCAGGGAUGAAUGUAGUGCUAUCAUCCAGGCCUUCUGGGGCUCAGUCACCCAUAAUGAAAGAGUUGCCCACAAAGGUGUUGCAGGAACGUCCUCAUGCCACCAAUGGAACUAGCCACAACAACAAUACUGCUACUAAUGGCAACAGCAGUGCUCCAGCUCCCAAGGCACAGGUUGUUGGUUGGCCUCCAAUAAGAUCAUUUAGGAAGAAUUCAUUGGCCACCACUUCGAAGAACAAUGAUGAAGUUGAUGGGAAACCAGGUCCAGGUGCACUUUUUGUGAAGGUCAGCAUGGAUGGUGCUCCCUAUCUCAGGAAGGUAGAUCUGAGAACCUACUCUACGUAUCAAGAGCUGUCAACUGCUCUUGAGAAGAUGUUCAGCUGUUUCACCAUAGGUCAAUGUGGAUCCCAAGGAGCACCAGGGAGGGAAAUGCUGAGUGAGACCAAGUUAAGAGAUCUUUUGCACGGAUCGGAAUAUGUACUUACAUAUGAGGAUAAAGAUGGUGACUGGAUGCUUGUAGGGGAUGUUCCGUGGGAGAUGUUUAUUGACUCAUGCAAGAGGCUGAAGAUCAUGAAGGGCUCUGAUGCCAUUGGCUUAGCUCCCAGGGCCAUGGAGAAAUCCAGGAAUAGAAACUAGCUAGUCUCUGAAACUCUUGAUUGCUUUGUGGCUGGCAAGUUCAAUGCUUGGAAUUCAAGCGGGUGAGGAAAGAGGAGGAAAGCUUUUAAAUGUGAAUGAAGAAAAUGACAGGAUGAUUCUUUAGCUGGAUGAUAGGUCAUGUUCAGAUGGACAUCCUGUCUUAGACGUAUCUAUGUUUUGAUUAAAUCAAAAAAUUUGCUUAUGUCUGAGUUGAAGUAAGGUUAUUUAAAACCUCGUAAAGCUAUUAAAAAAAUUAGUACUGUGGAGUUCAUAGUCCUUAUAAAAUUCUAGUUGUUGAAGGUGUUUUGUAUUUGAUGAAUCUUUGUUUGAUUGAAGACCAUCUGGAUGCUAUUCUUCUGCUGCUU